AUUAGUUCUCGUUUUCUAUAAUAAUUAUAUCGGAGGAUUGUUUCUCGUUCUGUUGGCCCUGUGCACUGUUUUAUUCUGGUAUUGUGCAUUUGUACUCGAGCUCCCAGGAUUGUGCACUAAUACCACGUCACUUUUCGUCCAGCUCUAACGUGCAGAGUCUAGCUACAAGAUACAUUCGGCGAUAGUGACAACAGCUGAACGGCUCACACUAUAGCUAUAACCAUCAGAUCCAUCCAUUUGUAUCUGAUUGUAGCGAUUCAUCGACAUUUUCCCAGUUGAGUAAUUAUCGUGAAUAAUACUUUAUUUUAUAGUAAUUAUUCUGAAAAAUCUCGACAAGAGAAGGAACAUCAACACUCUCGUCAACAUCACUACAACACCGCUACAACAUCGCUACACCAUCGCUACACCGUCACUUCAAUAGCCGCAAUACGGACAAUACUAUCACUACAAAAUUGCUACAGAAUCGCGUUCAUCAAUAGUCAGCACCGCCGUAAUCACCAAUUCCCACCAUCACUACAUUAGUUACUAUAUCAUGACAGACAUAUCCAUAACUCACGAGAUUGCCCCGGCUCCGCCUCCAGAGACCUUCAGACAGCACGACUCUCAGCCAUGCAAGAAAUGCAACCAGCCCAUCUACGAGGGCCACGCCUACGAGUUGGGAGACGACAGAUGGCAUUUGGACUGUUUCAAGUGUUCCAAGUGUGACUCGUCGUUGGGCUGCAAUUCCAACUUCUUGGUGUUGGGGAAUGGAAACUUGAUCUGCUCCAACUGCUCCUACAGCUGUAAGCAGUGUGGCAAGAAGAUCGAUGACUUGGCCAUCUUGACGGGAGACCAGGCCUACUGUUCCAACUGCUUCAAGUGCCGUUCAUGCAAGAUGAAGAUAGAAGAUUUGCGCUACGCCCGAACCUCUAAAGGUCUUUUCUGUAUGGAUUGCCACGAAAAGCUCAUGGCAAAAAAGAAGAAGUAUGACGCUAAGAAGAAACAACAACAGGCUCAGCUCCAGCGAGAGAAAGAAGAACGUGAACAACGUGAACGUGAGAUGCAGUUGGAUGAAUCCAGAAAGAGCAACAACUCGUCCAGAAACAGCAUUCUUCAGAGCUAUCUUUCUUCAAAUGGGUCCAACACGAAUCUUGGGGAAGCCCCUUCUUCUACUACCACCACCUCCUCCACAGCUGCUAACAAUACGACCAUCACCAAUACGACUACAGCUACGUCUUCUACCGCUUCGGAUAUAUAUUCGCAGACAAACAAGUCCAGCAAUUCUGUCUUGCUGAAAAAGAAGAUUCUUCCAAAUCCCCCAACUGUUUCUGGUGCUACUUCUGGAGCUACUUCUGCUACAGCUACACGAGGCUCUUCUGAUUACUCUCACUACAAAGAACCGUUGGUUUCUCCUCAGAAAACGAGAGAGCUAACCACGUUGGUGCCUCCAGAUAACGACUUCUCUAUCGAGGAAGUGGUCAACGACAGCGAUGACGACGACAACAUUGCCAAUAGACCUUCGCUCAGACCUCAAAAGGAUGUAGCCUCCUCCUCGCUUCUUCACCGUAGAUCACCUCCUCCUUUCCUUGAUGAUGAAGGCACUCAACUUCAGAAACUCAGUACCCCACCCUUCAACACACCUCCUUCUCACUCGAGACAGGACUCCAAGGCGUCGGAAUAUACUGAUGCAGCAUCUUCCAAUGUAGGUGCGCCUGGAAGCGACAUCCCCACGCUGAAAGAUGCGGAGUUACAGCCAGCUGUAGACAUAAUAGUAAAAGAUUCUGAACAGAGGACGCCGGAAAUGAGUAAUACGCUUCCUGUUUCGCCCUCUUUCAAGCCAAAGAACCUCAUGAUACUAUCGCCCAACCAGUACCACGACCACGAGUUCCAUACCACCAACAUCGAAUCGGAGCCACUGAAUGCGGACGUAAAAUCGGACGCCAAAUCUGGCUCUCCAGCUCCAACAAAUUCUACGGGUAGCAUCAAGUCGAAUACGCUUUCAGCGCUCGGAGACGAUCCCCGGGCCAGAUCUGGUUGCACCUCUCCAUUUGCAAAGGCCAACAGACAGGCUCGUGUUGUAGAAACGAAUGAUUACAUAGAAACAGAAGGAUUGGAAGACGUUGACUACAAUACCAUUCUACUGACUCCUCAGAAGAGGACGCCUUCUAGCGUGACCUCGCCUCCUCCUAAAGCACCUCUUCCUAGUACUCCUACCAGAAGAGAUGACAACCCUAAGGGCUUGGGCCUCGAAGGAAUUAACUAUGGAGAUGGCCAGGAUGAACAACGUAGCUAUUUGAAGCAGCAACAGGAAAAGAGACAUCGGGCCAGUGACGACGAUAUGACCCUCACCCCUUCACAUAAUGCCAUCCACCACUCGCCCAGAAAAAGCUAUGGAUCCAACGAUGCUAUAGACGGACUCGAACAGUCUGGAACGUCAACGUUGCUGAGAAUGAAUACGCUUAUCAAGACCCCAAAACUCAGCUUGAAGCACAAACGUUCAAUUUCUGGCGGCAGCACUUCAUCUGGCAAGUUUGGAUUCUUCAAGUCCAACAAGGAGGAAAAGGAUAAGGAAGGAAAGGGCCAUUCUCGUCAUGUGUCGGAAGGAUCUGUGUCCAACGGAGCAGCCUAUACUACACCUCCAUUGCCUAUAUCUACUCCGCAGUCUUACGGUGCCACUUUCAGAGAACACACACGUUCGACUUCUGAUACCCCGUUUUUGACUAGUCUCGAUAGCCAUCACGAUGAAAACGAGAACUUCGAUCUCAAAACCUUGAAAUUCGAAAUCUCCCAGUUAUCAGGACAGAAGUCGUCGUUGAACGGAGAAUGCCGCAGAUUGGCAACGGAAAAGUCCAAGUUGAAUGAACAGGUCAAAUCGCUCAACGCUAAAGUUCAGAACGAGACUUCUCGUUUGAACAAGUUACUCAGUGAUAUCGAUGAGCUUGAAGCUCAGAAACUUAAAUUGGCGGAGUACAACAACCAGUUGCUCGACCAGAAUCGUAAACUAGAACUGUCACUAGAUCAGAAUCGUAAGCUUGAAACGCCGUCAGAUUCAUAUUCGUCAUCAUACACCAGAGUUUCUAACGAUACCGAGUACAUUCCAAACAAUACCACCAUCAUUGGUGGAGUUCACUUCACGGAACUUCCUGACGAGUCUGCUGAGACAAACAGAGCUACUAGACUCAAAUUCUGGAGAAGAGCAAAGAACGCCGCUCCUAAUCUCGUUCAAACAAGCCUGCCAGGAGGUCAAUCUGCUUCUUCUCAACCUUUAGCAGGCUCCAACAGUUCACAACUCCUGGGCCAAUCUGGCUAUCUGUACAAUGGGUCAAGCAAGGUCAGCCAGAACUACUCUUCUCAGGCUAUCAGAUUGCCGAACCAUAGCCUGAACGGACUGGUGGAUGGUGCUAUCAACCAGGACAAAAAGAGGUUUACUCGGUCUAGAUCUACCAACAUCAUCGACACGCUUUUGUCGAACGGAGAUUCUGAGACUCCCAAUGUUCCCUUAUUCUCUUCGACUAUUCAACAGCGUGCCGAUUUUGAAAAUGUAGAGGUACCGUUGAUCAUCACCAAGUGUUUGGUAGAAGUGGAAAUGAGAGGUUUGGACAUGGAGGGUAUAUACAGAAUCUCCGGAGGCAACUCGGCCAUUGUAGCUAUAGAGAAUGCCUUUUCUAACAUCGGAGCUAGUCCUGCUCUGGACGAAAAGCAGCUUCUCAAGCUUCAGGAGGCCAUGAGUGGAGACAUAAAUGCUGUGACUUCUGCUUUAAAGAGAUAUUUCCGUAAGCUACCUGAUCCUUUGAUUCCAUAUGCCAUCUAUGAUGAUUUCAUUAAAGUCUCGUCUGGAGGCAACACCAAGGUAGAAAAAAAGGUAGCAGACUUGAAGAAGGUGGCCAGCAAAUUGCCCAACGCGAACAAGCACACGUUGUACCUCUUGUGUAAGCACUUGUCCUUGGUGAGUUCAUUUGCCAAUUUGAACAGAAUGAACUACAAGAACUUGUCUGUGGUGUUUGCUCCUACCAUUGCCAGAGAUGAGACGGGCCAGAAGGAGAUGAUAGACAUGGGCCACAGAAAUGAGACCACCGAGCUUAUGUUGAACCACUGGGAGAAGGUGUUUGACGAUAUGAUCGAGGACUGAGAUACGAUAUAUAAGCAAAUUUUGAUUACGAAUUUUAUUAGAUAAUGUAAUAAAUAGUCGGAUAAGAAUAUGUACAGAGAGUGACUUUUAUAAGAAUUCAGUAUUCUCAGUAUGUGAAAAUGCAUAAGUUAUAUAUGAC